UGCCGCCCCUUCCGCGGACGUUUUCCCGGCUCUCGUGAGUCUGGAAGCUGGGGGGGGUUCUGGCUUGGUGAGGAGGGUCGUCGGUGCGGUGGACCUGAGGGUCAGGGCAGGACUUCUGGGCGGCCGCGGUGACGGCCUGGCCUGACUUUGUGUAGUCAAGCAUGACGCCCCUUUGGACGCAGUCGUUUGGAGGAAUCCUGCGUGUAUGACAAUCCUUCCAUUUGCAGUUAACAUUUUGAGGUCAUGCUUCUGGUAUUCCCAAUACAUCCGAACCAACUUUUUCUUCAAAUUACAGCUUUGUGGGCUAAGUUCACGUGAGAUGGAACAUUUUCGAGGUAUAGCAGAGGAGUCAUUUCCAAGCUUUUCAGUCAAUUCACCACUUGGUAAUAGUGAGGUUUUGGAAAAUGUCACUCUUACAUCAAAUUUUGGCCUGCCUAUUGCUGUUUCUACACUUGCCAGGAACAGACCCAGCACUGACAACAGGUGUCUUGAUGUCCAGGAGUCAUACUUAAUUGAAGGAAGACUUUCAAUUCCUUCUGUCUCAUCUCCCAGUUGCCAGAGUGACAACACUGAACCAAGAGAAAAAUUACAACUCAGCUUUCAGGGUGAUGAUUCUGCCUCAAGGAAAAAGAACUACAUGGAAAGUGCACAUGUGUCUCUUGCUCUCAUGACACCGAGACCAGAAGAGAAUCAAGCUAACACUACAACACCUGAUCGGUGUCUGCGUCCUUUGGAUGAAAUUUCCCCUCUGGAACAAAUACCAGACCCAGCUCUUGAUUUUCACGUGAAAUCAUGGAUGAAUAAUCAAGAACACAAGAUCGUCAUGACUGAUGCUAGGAAGCAUCUUGAAGACAAGACUCCAAACAGUGAUUUCAGCCAUAUCAGCUUAUUAGAAAAUGAGAAACUUUUAACACUGACAAACCUGGAAGAUUCCUCUGAUGAUGAUAUUAAUGAUGAAGAAUUUUAUGAUGAUCAUUUAGAAGCAUAUUUUGAACAACUGGCUGUUCCAGGGAUGAUAUAUGAAGCAGAAGGACCGGAGUCACCAGAAAAUGUUUUUAGCUUACCUGCAAAUGAAAACAGUAUGUUAAACUAUGAGUUCCAGUUAGAAAAUAACAGCUCUCUGAUUUCCCAUGAUGCAUAUGCUUCAGGAAGUUCUGGAACAACUCACAGAGAGUUUGAGGAAGGCCAUGGUUGUCUGCUGAGGACCAGUGGCUAUGCAGGUAUUGUAGAUAAUGUACAGCAAGUAGAUAAUGUGUUACCGUUUUCCUCUCAUACCCGGAGAACUGAGAAGGAUAUUGUUCCAGAUCAAAGCAGAGGAUGUACAGGAGAGGAUGUUCUGGGGAAGAUGAAGCAUACCGUGGAUGAGACACUCAACCUGACUUACAGUCACAACAUGAACUCUUCGAAAGGUGGCUUUAACCCGGCUGACUCCAUAAAACAGGAUUCAGAGUCUUCUCACCAAGAUAAAGAUUUGGCUUCAGGUUUAGAAACAGUUUUAAACGUGGAUAGAGGCUUAAGCACAGAGACUCCUACAGUGUUUAUUCAGAAAGUUGGUUGCAUUACAUCUUCAAAGACUAAUGGUGGCAAUGGAAUGAAUUGGUCACCAACUUGUGAAAGGAGAGCGUGUGAAUAUUAUGAGUCUGUUACAAAGCCUAAUGACAAAACAGAUCUCUCACAGAGCGUAGUCUACCAAAAUGAGGAUGGCAAAUGGGUCACUGACCUUGCCUACUACACAUCUUUUACUGAUCAGCAAGAUUUACAGAUGUCUCCAAGUAAUGAAAUGAAUGAAGACUUCAGAUCUGGUACUGAAGCAUUGGAUUUAAUUGCAAAAGAUGAAGAAAUAUUCAAUAAAGAACAUCCAUUUAUACAGGAGGAAAAAAUAGAUGUUCAGGAUGCUUCCCUUGCACUUGGUGAUACAUCGUGGGUAGCGACAGUUGACUACCGUUUGCUGAGGAAAUCCCUUGGCACGUCAGUUCUGGACAAAGAUGAGGGCAGUUACCUACGCUUGUCAUUAGGAGAGUUCUUCGCAGAGAGAUCCGAGGCUCUUGGUUGUCUUGGUGGUGGCAGCAGUGUGAAAAGACCAUCAUUUGGUUAUUUUAUUACAUCACCGGAGGAGAGAGAACCCUUUGCAUUACUAAAAUCUGAUGUGUCAAGAAGUAAUUUGGAAAAAGAAAUGACUCAUCUUCACCAUGAUUUAUUUUCAGGAAAUUUAAGUGAACUCUCCCAGGCACAGCUAAGUGAAGGAUCAGUUACACUUCAGGCUGAAGAACUGCAGAGCGCUUCCCAGGUGGAUGAAAACGAUGUGACUCUAACUGCCAAUCAAAGCAAGGCAGAGGACACGUUAUGCAUUUAUAACAAAGGUGAAGAACACAGAAACACGUCUGACAGUGGAGAUUCUGUACUUAGAAUAAGCACCAUUGCUUCAGCCAUUGCAGAUGUGUCAGUGAGUACUGAUCCUGCCCAGCUGGUUGCCAUGAUGAAGGCACUUACCAAUAAAAAAAGAGGCAAGACUUCCCAGGAUGAUACACAAGAGAACUGUUCCACCAUGUCUCAUUUGUUAACCAAUGAUGUAGAGAAAAGCAACAGAUCCAAUGCGCUUGACAUGGAGAAAUACCUUACAAAAACAGAAGUCAGUGGCUGUGAAGGUGCGCAGGAGUCCUUUGUGAGAGCAGGCACAUCAGACAUUUGGGAUUUAUGUUUGCCCACACAGCAGACUGUUGAAGACAUCAGUCUAGUGGAUGUUUGUGCUACCAGUACAAGGGAACCCAAAGGAGAUUCAGCAGCUGUUUUCUCUGGUGAAAAUGUGGAGAGUGAAACCCAAGAGUCACUUAGAACCAUAGCCUCUUCAAAGUCAGUUCUUACCAACGUAAGAGAGAAUGGCAGCACAGUCAUAGGGAGGAAGGCAUGCUCCUCUGAUGAAGUACCAGAUGUGCAGAACAAUGAGAAAGCUGCCUCUGUUUCCAUUCCUACACCCGGUAGUUACUCGUCAAUAGGGAACUGCAGAGUGCCAUGCCUUCGCCUUUUAGAAAAAUGUGAAGAAAUGCAAGAUAAUAGAGAACACGGAAGGAAAAAAGAAUGUGUCAGUGAGACAAGCAGCAGUGACAAGCACGUCACUUUUGAAGAAGAUUUUAUAGUCUUACCUAAAAGGGUUGAUUUGAAGACUGUCUCUCCCGUGAGUGGUGGAUCUGGGUUUGAAGACCAGGGGAGCUUCAGAUUGUCUACUUCACCACUCAGUCAUUCUUCUCCUAGUGAAACUUCGGGAAGCUUAUCAGGGUGUGCUGUAGAGUCUCUUGAUUUAGCUCAUCACCAGAAUCGCCAUUCAGAGUGUGAGUUGUCUGAGUUGGCAUGUUCCCAUGCUGACAUGAGCAGGCUGACUUAUGUGUCUGAACAGGAAAACACCUUUCCUGUCCCAGCUGCUGAUGAAAGCUCAGAGGACCACAAGAGUGAUCUCACCAGUGAACUGAGCACAACCAUUGUUCGAGCCAGUCCGAUUCCAGAAGAAGAAGAAACUAUGGAGAAGCUGAGAAACAAAGUUCCAGGUCAGAAUGCAGAAAAAGUAGCAUUGCCGCAUAUUAUCCAGGUUGAGUCUGGUUUAGGAAAAGUGACAGAAACUCCUUCUCUGAGUAGCAGAUUUGAAGAUGGAGAACCUAAUUUUACAUCGAGUCAAGAUAUUUCUUCCAAAAGUGGGGAAUACUUGAAAGCCAUUAAUGUAGAAUCAACAUCUGGCUUCAGUGAACAGGACCUGAUUGGCCAGGCUCUCCUGAACAAGCCAGGUCUGAGCCACUGGUCUGGGCCAGCCAUACCAAGCCUCCCUGUAUUGAGCCAGAAGGCUGUGGACCAAGGUCAAAGGUUAACAUCUACUGGCAUGUCAACUGCUAGCAGUGAAUCUAGCAGCCAGAUUCCUAACCUGGUUACCUCUGCAAACCAGCACAAUCUUCCUCUUCACAUUCCAGCUCAUGCUUCUGUUGCUAAGGUACAGAACCAGCCUGCUCUGUGCCCUGCACUCUGGACUGGACACUCUCUAUACACAGCUCCUGUGGCCCAGCAGUAUUUGGGACCGGUCCCUCCAUCUGGGAGUGCCACCUUGCCUCAGUGCCAUGCAGGCAUGCAGGUCUGUGGGACUUCAGGGUAUUCUCCUUAUCCUCCUGUUGUGCCAGAACAUGUGGCUUCCGGGAUGUGUGUAGGACCAAAUCUUGCCUCUGGAAUGAUGGGUCCCUCUUCUCUUUAUAACCUAUGUUCUACUGCUGUACACCAGAGCAUCCCGAGUACAGCAAAGCCGUUUCCUGUGCCGUCUGUUGGUGAAAACUGUGAAACUGAAUCAUGGGACUCGGGGAUGAGGUCUGGAUUUGGGAAUGCCAGAGUACCUGAAGAACUGAGGUUUCCUCAUGCUUGCUGUGUCGGUAUUGCUUCACAGACCCUCCUUAGUGUCCUCAACCCAACUGACCGUUGGCUACAAGUCAACAUCAGAGUCCUCAGUAUCUGUGUGAAUGGCGAGAAGGUGGAUCUUUCAACACAAACAUGCUUGGUUUUCAAGAAUAAAGUUGUUAUAAGACCUCAUGCCACAGAAGAGAUAAAAAUUCUUUUUAUACCCACAAAUCCUGGAAUUUUCAGAUGUACGUUCAGUGUUACUUCUUGGCCAUUUUCAGCAGAUGCUGAUACAGUAGUGCAAGCAGAGGCUUUGGGAAGCAGAGUCACUCUCACUGCUAUUGCUGAAACCCCUGUAAUCGAGGUAGAAACAGAAAAGAAAGGUGUUCUGGAUUUUGGUGACUUGACCUAUGAAGGCUGGAAAGCUCUCCCACUCAAGUUAAUAAAUAGGACACAUGCUACUGUGCCGAUCAGACUGAUGAUUAGUGCCAAUGCCUUAGCCUGGCGCUGCUUCACAUUUUCCAAAGAGCCCAUCCAUGCUUCUCUGAAAGCUGCUCCUUACUCUGACGUGAUUGCUCAGCUGGUGGCCCCAUCUGUAGUCAGUCACGUGAUGCCUGCCAGUUAUGAUGGACAGGAUCCAGAAUUUCUGAUAGUUUGGGUUAUUUUCCAUAGCCCAAAGAAACGCCUCACUUCAGAAAUUCUAGGCUCAGCAGAAGAAUUCCUGGCCAGAGUGGAUAUAGAAGUUGACAGCCCUAACCCUAUCCCAGUUCUUAGAAGUGUGGACCUCCGAGCAAGAGCAGGAAUAGCUAGAAUUCAUGCCCCCAGGGACUUACAGACUAUGUAUUUGUUGGCUGAUGUAAAUUCUUCAACAAAGCAGCCCUUGCCUUUGAAAAAUGCUGGAAAUAUUGAAGUUUAUCUAGACAUCAAGGUCGCAGAACAAGGAAGCCAGUUUUCAGUGGAUCCAGAGAGUCUAUUUCUUAAACCUGGAGAAGAACAUGAAGUUAUAGUUUCAUUUACACCAAAGGAUUCCAAAGCAUAUGAAGAAAGGAUCCUGAGAAUAUUUGUGCAGCCAUUAGGACCUCAGUAUGAAGUGGUGUUAAAAGGUGAAGUCACUCCUUCUGGGAGUAAACCUCCACCACCUGGAUCUUCCUGCUCAGAUGUCCCAUUGAUUCUGUCCAAUAAGCAGUUUCUGACCUGGGGAGGCCUCCCUCUUGGCAGGACACAGCUUCAGAAACUAGUUUUAAGAAAUAGUUCUACAACCACAGCCCAGACCCUGCGACUCCUUAUUAAAGGGCAGGAUCAAGAUUGCUUUCAGAUUAAGAAUACUUUUGGCUCAGAAGAGAGAUUGACCAGUAACUGUGAGAUCAGAAUUUGCCCAGGAGAGGACUAUGUAAUCUCUGUAUUGUUUGCACCUACUCGAUUAUCUUGUAUGUUGGCUAAACUAGAAAUCAAACAACUUGGAAAUCGUUCACUGCCAGGUGUUAAGUUUAUGAUACCUUUGUCUGGUUAUGGAGGAACAAGUAAUCUUAUUUUAGAAGAUGUUAAGAAGUUAUCUGACAGUUACUUGGUAACAGUGAAUGACUUAAUUCCUGGCAGAGAAAGUAAAGUUGUUUUUUCUAUUCGUAACACUGGCUCCAGAGCAGCCUUUGUUAAAGCAGUGUGUUUUAAAGAUUCUCAAAGAAAAGUUUUGAUGGAUCCUAAAGUAUUGAGGAUUUUUCCAGAUAAAUUUGUGCUUAAGGAAAGAACCCAAGAAGAUAUUACUUUAAUAUACAAUCCAUCAAUCAGAAAGAAUGACAAUAAGCCUGCAACAGAACUGCUAACUGUAUACUUCUUUGGUGGUGAUGAAAUCUCCAGACAGCAGUAUCGAAGAGCAUUGUUGCAUAAACCAGGAGUAAUAAAGCAGAUACUUCCGGAACAUAGUGUGCUGCAAAACAUUGAUUUUGUUGAAGCAUUUCAGGAUGAGCUACUCAUAGAUGAAGUGCAUUCUUUUACAGCAUGUGAUCUUCCUCAGCGGCCUAAUGACAUUCAGCUCUUUUAUGGAAGCAUGCGUAAAAUUACCCUGUCAGUAGUUGGAGAAUUCAGAGAUUCCGUUUCUAGCAGAGAAUUUCUUCAACCUUCUUCCAGUGCUAGGUUGGAAUCUAAAAGUGAAUCUGGAGCUUCUGGAAAACAAAGUGGCAAUGUCUCUUUGGAUGUUUUACCAGUUAAAGGCCCUCAAGGGCCUCCUUUUCUCUCACAAAUUGCCCACCCCGCUCAGGGCACACCACCCUCUGAAGAAAGGUGGGCUGUCCAUCCGGAACACUUGAUUCUGGUAGCUUCUUCUUCUUGUGAGUACUUGGGUGACAUGGCAAAAACUGGACGUUUCCAGAUUAUAAAUAACACCGUUAGGCUACUGAAAUUUGAGCUAUACUGGCCAGCACAUUGCUUGACAGUCACACCACAACAUGGAUUUAUCACACCAGAGAGUAAAAUACAAAUUCUUGUGAGUCCCAAUUCUUCCCUGUCCACAAGACAAUCAAUGCUCCCAUGGACUGGCUUGAUCUAUAUACACUGUGAUAACGGACAGAAGAAAAUGGUAAAAGUUCAAAUACGAGAAGAUUUGAGUCAAGAACCUUUACCUCAUUUGGCCUCCAGCACAUUUGGAACUCUUGGCCCAGGACCUGAGCCUUCCAUUAGUCAUUUGACAAAACCAAUAACAAAACCACCUUCCACAAAAGUUGAAAUUAGAAACAAGACAGUGAUUUUUCCUCCAACAGAAUCUGGUAAAACUUCAGAGAACUACCUGGAGCUGGAGAAUUGUGGCCCCACAGAUGUGAAGUGGCACCUGUCUUCUUUCGCUCCCCCAUAUGUCAAGGGAGUUGAUGAAACUGGGGAUGUUUUUAGAGCUACCUACACAGCAUUCAGAUGUUCACCCAUUUCUGGAACACUGGAAGGCCAUGGAAUUCAAAAGGUCUCCAUCCUGUUUCUGCCCAGAGAUAGAGGGGAUUACGCCCAGUUUUGGGAUGUUGAGUGCCACCCUGCUAAAGAGCCUCACAUGAAACACACGCUGAGAUUCCAGCUCUCCGGACAGAGCAUCAGAGCAGAAAAUGACCCUGAAGACUCGUGCUCCUCCAGAGAAAGCCUCAUUAAAGUAGAUCCUGCAGGCGUGUCUCGGAGGCGUGCUGUGCUGGACACCUCCGUUCACAUACCUGGCAGGCAGCUUGACUUGAGUCACCGCGGAGUGUAUGCCCCAAAGGAUGUCUACAUGUUCCUGCCAACCAAACUUGGGGAAUCCAGGACACUGAAAGUCAAUUUGCGAAAUAAUUCUUUUUUCACUCAUGCACUGAAGUUUCUGAGCCCCAGAGCACCUUUCUACAUCAAACAUUCCAAGUACUCUUUGAGAGCCCGACACUAUAUCCACAUCCCGGUGCACUUCCGACCAGAGGCAGUGGGCAGAUUCGAAGCUUUGCUUGUGAUCCAGACAGAUGAAGGCAAGAGCAUUGCUGUUCGGCUAAUUGGUGAAGCCCUUGGAAAAAGCUAGCCAGAAUACAUUUUGUGUAAAUGACCUGUUAUAUUUUGGCAAUCUUAUUUUUCUACACCAAAGUUAUGUUGUUGUAUAUAUUUUGUAUGAUAAAUUCAAUGUGUAUAAAGUAUAGAUUUGUUUUUAGAGAAUUCAGUCCAGAAGCCCUGACUAAAUAUCAUGUACCUAGCUCACAGUGUUAACAUGUACAGAGGAGAAGUUCUAUUUUGAAUUGAUUAUGACAUUCUGAAUAAAUACAGCAUAUGUUUUAAUGUGGUGUAUUCAGAAAUAAAGUUGAGUUUUUCAAUGAA